UCUUAACAAAGACAACCAAGAAGCAGGUCAGUCUGGUUCUCAGGUGUUCUAUUACACCCAGGGAAAUACGGCCCCACCUAGUUAAGUUUCUACAGUGCAUUCCCGAUGAGUGUGACACUGUCGCACUUACAGUACCUGUGUUCUACUGUGUUCACUAGACUAAUUGCACUCUGUGCCACAGCAGUAUUUCAAACCUACCUGAAUAUACUGUAGAGCUAAAAGGUUCUCUACAUAAAGAAACAAACCACAAAGCCAAUACCAUGCUGCCUUCCAGUGGAAUUAUUUUUAUUUUGCUGCCGGUUAGUUUAUGGGGGACCAGAAGCAAUGGUCACAGUAGUACAGUCAGCACAAUCAAAACUGACAAUAAUCCAACUACAGAUACGACUCCACCUACACACCAAGGAACUUCUCAUCAGCUAGUUCUUACUGGAACUAAUGGAAUAACUCCUGCUAUAAGCCAUGUUGCACCAACAACGGCCAAUAAAAAUGCAACAAAAAGUACAGUAAUAGAGAGUAACACUCAAAGCAACAGUGUAGCUCAGAGAUCCACUAAUGGCACCGGGUUAUUUUUGACUUCACAUGUGGAUAAGGGUUCAACAGAUGGCACAAAUACCUCUGCCAAAAAUGUCAACAGAAUCUCACCAUCUUCGACACUAUCCAUAACCAUGAGUGACUUUUCUACAGCGACUGAAAGCAACAUGCCUACAAAUGCUGGUGUAUCAUCGAAAACGGAAGCCAAAAACUUCACUUCAGUCACCUAUAAGACUAGUUCUACUGCAACAAUCUCCACCAAAGACUCUCUAAAGAGCUCCACAGAAGUCUCAUCUACCAACAGUCCAUCAAAUAGACUGACCACAUUAUCCACACACCAGAGUGGCAGUGUCACAACAGACUUCAAAACAAUUUCACAGACUACAAAAAAUAUACACCAGAAUUUCACCAACCAUUCUAUAGUCCCAUCAAAUCCAAAAGAACCCAACAAAGAGAAUCACCACAGUGCAGGAGUAGUGCUUGGUGCGAUUGUAGGAGCCAUUUUAGGAUCUGCAUUAAUUGGUCUGAUUGGGUACUUUAUAUGUGGGAAGAGAAAGUCUGGCUCAUUUUCCCAUCAGCGACUUUAUGAUGACACAAGGAGUGAACCAGUUCUCCGAUUAGAUAAUUCAUCGCAUGAUGUGAGCUUUGGUGAUUUGUCUUACUACAAUUCCAGCACAACAAACGAGCCAGCCGCACAGAACAGCAGAGGAAGACCAUAUGAUGGCAUUCCAAUGGGUGACAUGACUUCAUCUCAACCCCCAGCAUAAUGUCUGGGGGUAACAUCUGCUGGCUUCAGACUACAAACUCGUUUGUGAUCUAUGUACCUUGCUUUACAUACCUUGCUCCCACAGUAUUUUGCAAGUUUAUUUCCCCUGAAAUAAUCCUAUGGCUAUUAACAUGAAAGGCUUUGGAUAGCCUAUCUGAAAUCACAAGAUAUAUUUACACAUGCCGGUCAGACACUGCUGUGCCAGAGCACCAUUGUCCCAGUUGGUAAUUAAACUAAAUUCAAUGCUCAAUCUGUUUCUGUGUUAAAAGGCACUAUGUUAUCUUUUUAAAAACAAUAUUAGCAAACUGCACAGAAAGAGGCAAAAUCCUGUUUGUUACACCUAGUCAACUUCCUUUGGCUUCAGUCAAGGUUGCAAACAUGCAAUGGAGCAAAAUCUGACCAGGAUUCUAAGGAAAGUUUAGCACCAAGACAAAAAAACCAUAAUGACUAUCUUGAUGAGAAGCUGCUUUCUUCAAAUGUCAUUUCUAUCAGCUCUGUGGGUCGGGGGAUUUCCUCCCCGCCUUGAUAUUUGCAUCUACCAGAGAGAAAAAGCUAUAAGGCACUGGUUUUAAUUACAUUACUUACAGCUUGCAAUUUGCCAGGCCAAACGGACUUACUGUUUAUCAUGAAGAGAAUUUGCUCACACUGAUACAGUUACAAUUUACUACAGAAAGGAGACCACAAGAAUGAAUAGUCAACACUUCCUCCUCCUCUGCACCAGUGGGUCUAUUAUCUGCAUUGCAGGUUAGGAUCUGUAAAAAUGAUGCAGCAUAUUUUGGGAUGGGCUGCGUGUAAGAAAGGAAUUCUCUUUGGGUAAAAAAUAUAAAAAGAAUACAGAGAACCACAGACUAGUUUAAAAUCUUUGCUCAUUCAGCAAGUCUAAAAAUCAGGGAGAUAUCCAAAAUAAUAAUAUCAUGUACCUGUUUACAGACACCUAAGAUGCCUAAAGACAUAAGAAGAGCUUUAGGAAGGUAAAAUAUUACUAGUAAGAACAUCAGGAUGCUUUAGGGAAUCAAAGAUUAAGUGUGGGACCCAUGUUUAUUGCUAUAGAUCUUAAUGUGUGUGAUUAAGAGUGGGCACUUUGGGCCCAGGCAAUGAAGCUACACCCACAAAUAUCAGCUGAAAACCUUGCCACGAGUGUGUUAAAUUCACAGACUCCUUCUCUUCCCUUUUGCACUGGCUGCAGCUGGGAGAGUGAAAAAUGCCUGUUCAUGUGUAUUAUAUAAAUACAGCGUCUAUGUGGCAUUUAACUUCAUCACAAUGGUAUAGCAUUGGUUUGAAUAGAGGCAGUGCUCUGGGUGGACCAAUGUUAAAGUUUCAGGGUACAAAUAUGCAGCACUUUCACAGGAAGAACUAUCUACCCCAUCUAUCUCAGAUAGUUACAGUAUGCUAAUCUUGAUAUAAUCUAGGUGUUGCCACUGACUUCCCAUUGCAAACUUGUUAUCGACUGCAAUGAAAGAUCACUGGUUCAGACCCCUCAGUUGUAAAAACUGUUUCUGUCUUCUUUCGAACAAAGAAAUGUUAUGUAAUAGUAACUCCUGUUUAAGAGUCGCCUCUGAGCAUUUACUCUUUGUUUGAUGCCUCCUGGUGUGGAACAUGAUGUCACAGUGAAUGCAGAGAGACUCUGGAAGAACAGAAUAAAUACACGAAAUCUUCCUGUAAAUAGUUAACACAAAACCUUCUGACCUGCCUUUAACUCACUUUAAUUAGCCUUUGCCUACAAGCCUUCAAAUCUGUUAAUUUUACAGUGCUCCGCAUUGGAUUACACUGAUUUUGGCCCCGAACCCUCAAUUAAUUCUGUGUGAGUGGACCCCUCUGAACACAUGACAUAGAUUGCCGGAUUAAAGGCCUUGUUUUUCUACAGUCAUUACAUUCUGAACACAAAUUAGUAGUAGAGUAUUUUUAAUGUACUACUAGUAUAAACAUUGAUUUGAUGAAAAUAGGAAAAAUAUAAAUAAACAUGGAUACUACUUGUUUAACAUUAUAUUAAACUUCAAAUCCCUCUAAAACUAAUAGUCAUCUAUAGAGGGAGAGGUGAAGAGAACUCUUAGGAAGGAAAAUGGACUUACCCCAUAUUGCCAUAAAAAUAGCAAAGAAGACAGUCCCUCCAUUAUCAAACAAAUGUGUAACCUAAGCAGAAAUUAAAACACAUAAUGCAAAAUAAAUAAUAAUAUUUAGUAAUAAUAAAUAAUACUACUAAUAAUACCACUUUACAUUCAUAUAGUAUCCCCCUCCACCCCCCAAAAAGGAUCCCAAAAUUCUUUACAGGUUUUAGACCCCAAAAUAUAGGCAUCCUUUUAGGAAGCCCUAAUUGCACAUAAAGGUGCACACAUCAGCAUUUAUAUGCACAAUUCCAUUCAUCCCCCACUAUUCCCAUUGCUAGUCCAGGACUGAAUCAUCUUUCACAGCAAUUCCCACUCUGGCCUCAGUCAUCUUUAAUGUAUUCAAAAUACUGUCUCAAAACUCAGUUACUUUGCCAGCUAUUCUGACCACAUCCCACCAGUCUUCAAAUUUUUCCUUGGUUUUCUCUCACUUGCUGCAUCAUAUUUAAACAUCUUGUCCUGUCCUUUUAGGGCCUUAACAACUUAAAUCAGGCCUACCUACCCACUUUCAUCUCUUUAUUUCCCUCUCCCCCAGGAAUGUUCCUUAUCUAAUCAUUCCUUUCAUUCUCCUUUCCUUCCUUGCAACUCCAUGCUUCAAUCCCUUGUCUCACUUGGUCCACCAGGCCUCCAUGCUCUCCCUCUAAACCCCUCUUGAAAAUAUCCUUCCCUUUUAAAGAGUCUGUAAAUCCUAAUCACUCUCAAAAUGAAGAAUAAAACCAUCCAGAUAUUAACAAAAAUUAAUGUCAAAAGGAAGUAAUUAUAGCAUUAAGGUAUGCAUCACAUUCCACCUCUCAAUCACUUUUGCUGUUUGUUGCACCCUAUUGCCCAUUUUCUACUUACAGCGUAAACUCUUUGGGACAGAUUUGUUUUAUCUGCAAAGUUCAGAUAAAGUUCAUGGUGGGUGGUAGAUAAAUUAUAAUUGAAAACUGUUACAUGACCGACUAUGUGUCAGUUUGAGUGCCCUAAUGGGGUUUGUUGUCCCAAUUUUGAAAAUGGUGUCCUCUAUGUAUUGUUCAGGGUUCAUUUUAUCCACCAUACAAAUAUAGCCAUUUCCAUGAAAUCCAGCAGUCACUAUGUGUGAGCCACAGUAGGCAAGGAGGCUGAGGUGAAGAAUAAUUUCUCCUACUGAAAGGGGAUUUUAGGUAGGCAUUUGCCAGUGAUGAAAUUUGGUCAGGGAUAACGGGCUGAAACAUAUUCUAGUGAAAAAAUGCUAUAAAAUGUUUGGUGAGCAUCAGUGACUGGAACCUCAGUUUCAAGUGUCAUUUGAAAGAUGACAUACAACAUUACAUUAUAUUGGAGUAAACCCGUGAGAGAGAGAAUUUAUGGGCAGGCACAUUUGAUAAAGAAGCACCAAACAGGGAAAAACAAAAAAGAAAAGAAAAGCUUUCAUAAGUGGUUUUAAUAACUAAUGCAAUAAAACAUUGUGUAUUUCUAGGUAUUUUCACUGUUUCCAAUGAGAAUUAAUAGCUUCAUUUUAGUAAAGACUUCAGCUUAGAUUACAGUUUAAUUAUUGUUGGUUUUGUUCAUCAUGUAGGGCCCAGUCUUGUGGACUCUUACUCAUUCAAAAAGAAAAGGAGUACUUGUGGCACCUUAGAGACUAACAAAUUUAUUAGAGCAUAAGCUUUCGUGAGCUACAGCUCACUUCUCACGAAAGCUUAUGCUCUAAUAAAUUUGUUAGUCUCUAAGGUGCCACAAGUACUCCUUUUCUUUUUGCGAAUACAGACUAACACGGCUGCUACUCUGAAACCUGUAAUUACUCAUUCAAGUAACCCUUAGUCAUGAGGGUAGGAUAAUUGAUUUAAAUGGGAUAGCUUGGAUAAAAUCCAUAUAAAAAAGUAAAGGUUUGCAAUAUUGGGCCCUUAUAUUGUAACUGACUAUAUGGUGGCCAUCAGGAAUGCUGUGCUUGUGAGGUGAUGGUCUCAAGGGUUAUGGGAUAUUGAAGGGAUUGACAGUCUGCUGAAGGGUGUUUAUGUAACACCUUCUAGCAAAACUAUUAUACAUCAUAGCUGCCUUGUUUUGUCAUUGGGGUUGUCCUUUGUAGCAGACUCCAGUCCUGUAAACCAGACAAAUCUACCUGUUUUCAAAUGAAAACUGUCACCAUUAUUGCAUCUGCUUUUAGAAAAUAAACACUGAGCAGGUGACAGAGGAUAUUCUGUAAAAGGGAAGAUAAUUAAAUAUUAGAAAAACUCUCUUGAAAUCCUCAUCAUUUAUAAAUCCAGGAGAAAAAGUUAACAGUAUAAACACUGUAUUGCUUGCCAAUAUGUUUUAUUUUCUCUUAAAUGCAAACACUUCUAAAAUUGAGUAGAGUUAUUAAACACACAAGUUUUAGUAGUAUACAGGACUCUGUUUAUUUUACUGUGCUGAAGAAAAUCGAGAAGUUUUUACUUAAUACCAAAGAUCAUCAAGUACAAUAUGUUCUUUGUGUGAAUUAUAUAAUUGUGUGAAAUCUGUAUGCAAAUGUGCCUUUGGCUUUGUUAUUCUUUUGUUAUAAUAAAAAGAACAUACAAGCAAAGUA